AUGCCGCGGGCCAGCAGAGGACUGCUGCUGGCACUGCCAGCCGCAGGCGCGCUGUUCGGGGCGGGCCCGAUCGAGACUCCCAAAGAGGAGACGGCCGCCUACUACCCGCCCCUGUCGGGGGACCUGCGCCUCGGAGUCGUGGCUAAGCUGACGAGGCGCAGCGGGUGCGGCGCGGCCCGCGUGGUGGCGGCCACACGUGCGGUGCACGACGUGAACACGCGCAACGCCACCUUCUGCCCAGCCAUUGCCAGGCUCGGCCCUGCCGACCUCUUCAAUGUCUCAUUCGACGUCAUGGACCACGGCGGCGACUCGGAGCGCGCAAUCCAGGCGGGCAUGUAUUUCAGCGGCAUCGUGGGGAAGUCUGGAUUCGGCCUUUAUGGGCAGCCCGUGCACGGCAUCAUUGGUUUCACCACGUCGGGCGCGUCCGCGGACGGCGCAAAAGCUAUGCAGGCACUGGGGAUGCCGAUGGUUUGCUACUCCGCCACAAGCCCACUGCUAUCUCUGAGGGUAAGCGGCGAGCUCCAGUACCCAAACUUCUUCCGCGUCUGCCCAGGCGACCAGAACCGCGUGCGGGCGGCCGCACGCGCCAUAUCGCAAUUCGGGUACACCAGCGUGGUCUCGUUUUAUUUCAGCAAUGACUACACGCGCAGCAUGUGCAAUUCCUUUGCGAGUGCCGCCACGUUUCUGGGCAUGACCGUGGUCUCAAAGGAGGUGCCCACGACGGAUGGUAACAGUGGCAGCCCGCCAGACGAGAAUGCCAAGCAGCGUAUCCGGGAGGUGCUAACCGAAAUUCACGAGGAUCCAUCCAUGCCCCGAGUCAUCAUGUUGUGCGCCUUCGAUGCAGAGUUGCCCGAGGUGCUGAGGCAGGCCGAGAGCAUGGGGCUGCGCAAGAGGGAACACAACUAUGUCUGGUUCCAUCCCGACGACGGUGGGUUUGACGACCUGCGUGACGCAUUGGGCACCUUCUCGGUCAGCUGGAUCCCCGACUCCGACCGCACGCCGCUCUUCAAGCAGGCCUGGAAUAGUGGCGAUCUCCGAGCCGGCGGUUUCGAGUACAAACUUGGUGAGAGUAUUUGCGGGUCCUCACAGAACGAGUCGUGUUGGGCCAUGCCCAGGGGCGAAACCUGGAACGAGGACUAUGGCGAUUUCUUCAGAUACGUGGAUAAUACGACCGAGACAGCGCAGAACAGCUUCGAUUUUUGUAAGCCCUACACGCAGUUUGGCUACGACAGCGUUGUGAUGUACAGUGCGGCCAUGCACAAGGGUCUCGACACAGGCGUUUUCACCAAAGAGUCUGUCACCAGCGCGUUGCUGGAAGAGAUGUUAAGGAGCUUGGUGAACGACACCAGGUACGGGGAAUGCUUGGCAGGUGGCAAUCUCGCGUUCAAUGCUGACCAGGAGCGCAACCUGCCGUUCAUGGUGAAGAACGUUUACCUCGACGCCGACAACGUUGCGCGGAGCACCGACGUCGUCAUGGUGCCAUACCAGACCUCAGACGCUCUGCUGUACCAGGCCUCCUCACACCUGGCCUCGUGCUCCACGGACUACCCCGCCGAGAAGUGCUUCCGGCUGGACGGCGGGGGCCCGCUCAGCGGACGCUUUCCGCUGGGCCGGGCGGCGACUUGCGCAGACGGCGCGUACUGGCACAAGGGCGGGUGCGUGCCAGCCGACCUCGGCUACUACGUCCCCAAGAUGGCAGCGGGCCAAGCCGCCCCCUACAGGGCGCAGAUCGCCUGCCCUGCGGGCUCGUACACGAACGCGACGGGUCAGACCGUCUGUGCCCCCUCCAGGCCUGGCCACUUCGCGAGCGAGGACUCCACGAGCGAGGUGCCGUGUGCCCCGGGCACGUUCUCGGACGAGAGGGGCGCCGCGGUGUGCACCGAGUGCGCUGCUGGCGACUUCCAGGAGCAGCGAGGCCAGACGAGCUGCAGCCGCUGCGAAGUGGGCAGGUACCAGGACGAGAGCGGUCGGUCCAGCUGCAUCGGCUGCCCAGCUGGCCGGACGACCGAAGCGAUCACGGGUGAAGCCUGGGGCGCCACCGCGAACGCCCACGGCGCAUCGGACGCUAGCAGCUGUUACCCUUGCGAGCCUGGCGAGUAUUCGGUCAACAAUCGGCCCUGCGCUCAGUGCGGUGCCGGAACAGUCGCGCCGUCUUACGGAAGCACGGAAUGCCAACAGUGCCCUGCUGGAAAGUCAUCUACGGAGGGAUCAGCAGAGUGUGAGUCUCCCGUAUCUUACAUCGUUGGAUGCGCUGUCGCAGCGAAACUGCUGGCAGUCGCCGCCGUGCUGCUGAGCCUCUCGGCGUGGCGAAUAAUUCUGAUAGACGACAUAUCUCGGCAGGGAAAUGCAGUGGUUGUUACCUCAGCAGGCCGACAUCUCUUGGUACAGUGGCCUAUGUGUCUCGUUGGCGGUUCUCUACCAGUUUGCAUCACGGCAAUACCCGUGGGCACUCGUAAUCAACUGCAGUCGGUGCAGGAUGCCAUGGAAGGCCAAUUUAGGGUCAGACGAAUCGACCAGAGAUCUCUAGAAUUGCUGACGGCGGAGGGGCUUCCCAUAAUUCAGAGAGUAGACGCGUCCACUGGCAGAUUGGAGUUGCCUGUCCUGAUGGGCUUCUUGUGCACUGGAAGGUCCAAUAUCACUGUGGCCGUUAUCGUGCCUCUGCUGCUCACCGCAGCCGCUGCCAUCAUAUACGGGCUCCCGCUCACAGCCCGUGAAACCAUUGCGGUAUCGAUCUCGUCUGCCGCUUGUGGAGCGCUCGCCUUGGUCUGGAGACUGCGCGCCGUAGCUGGUUGGCCACACCGCACCACCAAGGCUGUCGCGUUAUCUCAGUUCAAGAAGCACCUCACAAACAACCGUGACAAGUACAGACAGUUGCCCUCCCUGUACAGUGCAAGUGCAGACUACUGCUCCGUCAUGCAUCCGAGGUCAACCAGCAGGCGCUUUACCCGGAAGUCAAUCAGCAGCAUAUUCGCCGACGAUCUUCGGGUUCCAUCAGCCGGCCAUCGGGCCGUGAGCAUCGGCCAGAUGGUUGACUUGACGGAAGCGUUCAGUCACUUCAUACGCGAUCGGAGCAUGUAUUAUGUUGUCCCCGAGCUGGUCCAGCCGCUCACGCAGUCAGAACGGUUGUCUUAUGCAGAAGUGGCCGGGUGUGGCAGCAUCGACUGGUUCGUGUCCCACUUCUGGGGCGACCCCUUCGCAGAGUUUGUGCAGAGUCUGCAGAGGCACGCGAUCUGCGAGGCAGAGAGGAUUUUGGCCGGUUCGGAUCAGCCUCGCCUCUCUGAGGCAGUCACGAUGCCCGAUCGGGAAGUAUGGCGCGUGAUUCGUUAUUGGGUUUGUUCAUUCUCUGUCAAUCAAUGGAGUGUUGACGAUGAGCUCGGCGAUGCGCAUUUCGAGGAUACACCGUUCUUCCAAGCGUUGUGGAACAGUUCUUGUCAAGGAACUGUGAUGGUGAUACAGGAGACAGCAGAGCCACUCAAGCGGUCGUGGUGCCUUUUCGAAGUCUUGCAAACAGUAAGUCGCCUCGACGAGUCGAAGACUUCCAGAUUCGAAGGAUUACAAUUUGCCACCCGGUCAGGUGUAGUUAAUGCCGGCACAGCCUCCGUUGACACAGUAUUACGGAUCGCUGCGCUCGUUGGCGACGUGUAUUUUGAGCACGCCCGUGCUACACAGCAGAAGGAUCAGGACAUGAUUCGCAAGGUGGUUCAGACAAGAGGGGGCUUCGCUGUCCUGAACAGGUUCGUGCGCAGCGCAGUGUGGGACAUUGUCCUCGAGAGCAAAAGAAAGCUAGAGACCAGCAUCUAUGAGCUCGGCUGCCAGCUCAGGGAGACUGAGUUCGCGGCCCACAAGCAUUUUGAGGUGACCAUCCUGGGGGCCAGCGGGCUCAGGAGGGCCGACCCGCUGACCUCGUCGAGUCCGUCCUGCGUGUGCCGAGUCCUGGGCAGCCUGGAGCUGGAGCCAGUGCAGACGGGCGCGGUCCUCGACACGGCCUUCCCGACCUGGAACUUCGGGCCCUUCCACGUCGAGGCGCAGCAGGUCGUGGGCAGCGCGCUGGAGUUCAGCGUCCUGGACCCGGACCUGCGGUGCUCUGCGCUCCUCCCGUUCGACAGCGCCUGGCCCAGCGGGUUCUCCGGCGGGCUCCGGCUCGAGGGGCCGGGCGCCCUCCCCGGCGCCACCCUGACGGUGAGCGUGGCGGUGGCCAGCUCGGCGGAGCAGGCCGCCGAGGAGGAGGAGGAGGUCUUCGAGCUCUAG